AGAAAUCAGCAUAAUUUCAGAAGCAUCUACUCGAGUGAACACCGCUUGCACUGUUUUGCUGCUCACCCAGCACUUGCGGAUUCUUUACUCUGAACUUAGACAAAUUUUUACCUUGUCGAGUGGUAGAUUUAACGUUCGAAUCUACCUUUCUUGGAUUUAUACUAUUGCUGAUUUUCAUGCACCUGUUAACUUCACGAAGGUGAAUGCAGAUUUCAAGAUGGUUCCUCAAAACCUACCACCAAAUGGACUUAUAACGAUGCAGUCACAGCAGAUCCCCAACGGCCACGGAUCACCAGGCGGCUCGUCUACCGGUUCGUCGGAAGAGCUUCGCCAGUCAACCCUCGAUAUCGCUGAAGAUAUCUGCCAGACAAACUGGAAGGGGAACAAUGGUCACAUCAAGAGGCCGAUGAAUGCCUUCAUGGUCUGGUCACAAAUUGAGAGAAGACGAAUCAUGGAAACUACCCCUGACAUGCACAACGCUGAAAUCUCCAAGCGGCUGGGCAGGCGAUGGAAGACCCUUGAUGAUGUAGCGAAAGCUCCGUACGUCGAGGAGGCCGAGAGACUACGACUUCUACACAUGGCCGAGUAUCCCGACUACAAAUACCGUCCCCGUAAGAAGUCCAAGCCUACCACGAAGCCAGAAGCUGCCAAAACCACUAGCAGUAAGCCCAAAUCCAGCAAGCCAAAGUCAUCAUCGAAGACAACGAAGAUGAACGGUAUCGUCAUCGACCAGCACCACCCUCACCAGAUCGUGCAAUCGGGCCGCAUCGAGAAAAUCCCCAAACUCAAACUUACCAUCGACAAGAAAUUCAGGGAGAGCAUGAAGGCGAGCAAGAUCGUGGAGCUCGUGCCCAGCCAGCUCACGCCGCCCGCUAAAGUUCCCGCCAGCCCGACUGGCUCCAACACGGACCCUUGCAAUGAGCAAAGCCUAUACGAGGAUUACGCUAACAUCCAGCAAACGUACGAGAUGCAACGGUAUGAAUUUGGUGUGCCCAGUGGAGCUACCUCUACUACGUGUUCAAGUCCAGCUUCGUCGGAUGUGUCGCAGCAAUCAUCCAUGUCUACUAACUCAUCUGUUUCAUCCAUGUCAACCGGUUCAUCGUACUGUGCCCAACCUUCAAUUGAAGAGGUUGUCUUCCCAGGUGGACUUACUGGUUCAGAAUUUAGUAACUUUAAUUUCGGUUCAUUACCCGAUGAUCUUAGCCCGCUGGAUUCGGUCGGGAGCAAUGGAAGUCAUUUUGAGUUUCCAGACUACACCACUCCAGAGGUAAGCGAACUCAUAGACUCAGAUUGGCUGCUUUCAUCCAUGAUUUCAGCAUACAACUAAAGAGCUAAACAUCAUUUAUAUUUUCCUGAACAUUUUGCAAAGGAAAAAAAACUUUAUUCAACAACUCUUGAACAGAUUAUUCCUGCCGAAAGUGAUUUUUUUAAAUGAAGUUUUCACCGAUUUCUUAAGAACAAUCAGGUUUAAAACCCCAUUCCAACCAAUGUUUUGCUACGUGAGUAUUGCUGCAGGAUGGCGAUGCUCGUGCUAAUUUUGCCAACGAUUUCCAUGUGAGUUUUAUUUGUAAUGGACCACUAAAAAUAGAGAAAAGACGUAUGUAUGCCUUACAACCGUAGACUGAACAAUUUUUGCAACAUUCAAUAUGUCGUUCAUGUUGUCAUUUGGAGGAGUUAUACUCCAUGGUUGUAUAUAAUCUUUUACAAGUGAAAAAUGUUACAAAUGUAUUGUAGAAUCGAGGAAUACCGUAGACAUUCAUUAAUGUGUACUUACGUUGAAAGAUACUGCUCGUAUAGUCAUUUUACGCUAUGGAAAAGUGCAUUCAUUUGCUGCAAGUUUUUGAACCUCACGGAGCAAAUUAUUUAUAUGUAAAAAACGAAAAAGCCUUGAACUGCUGUAAAAUCUUGGCACGCGAACAAGUCCCAAGUUUUAUUGCAAUUGAUCUGACCUUUCGCGACCCUCCGUACACAAAACGGGCUAUUCAACCGUGGUGUAUUGUGGGGGCGAGAGCAGCGUUUUAUCAAACAAGCGAGGUAUUCACUCAUUCAAUGUGGUUUUUUGUACAUUGAUUUAAAUAACACGUGCUAAUGUAAUCAAUGGAGUUUGAAAUAUUUCACUUCGAUUCGAAUAAAUGUACUUUUGUUUAAUUCGAAUUUCAUGAGAGCAUCUAUGACAAAAAUUCAGAUUAUUAACGACUAUUUGUUUUCCAUGAAUAUUUGAACAAAUUUGGACUGCACUCUAAUAAUUCCGAGAUUAUACAUUCGUUGUGAAACACCUAUUAUUGAUAUUUAUAUUAUUUAUGCAAAGGAACUGUACAGGUAUAAUAAUAUAUGUUGUACUUUGUGGAGCUAUGUAUGCAUUUGUAUAUCAUAGGCAGUGUGCGUACUAUGUAAUAGAAUAGCUUUAGAUAUGAAAUUCCAGCUUACUUACGUUUGCUCGAUUUUGUUGUUGACAGAAUUCCGAUAGUUCCAAAAUUAUUUUGCAAAGAAUUUGAAAGAGAGAUAUUUGAAAAGGAAAAGAUACUAUUUGAGAGAAAAUAUAGAAAGUUUGAUUUGAGUUAAAAACCUAACAUUAUAUCAGAUUAAUUACACACACGAUGGUUGUGUUAUACUAUUAUGGAAUUGCGUGGGUUUUUAAAUCAAAUUGAAUCAGAUUUUGUAUGAAGAGAAAAGAUUAUUUGGAAAAAAAUCAUAGACUAUUAUUAAACGCUCAUGUACAUUCGUAGAUGUUUUAUAUAUAUAUUUCUUCUGUCUAUUUUGUACAUAGAGAUACUAUCUAACCUAUUUCUAAAAUUCCGUACUCAGCUUUUUUAAAAAUAAAAUAUUUUGUAGAAAAAAAGAGCUUACAGAUUGUCAAGGGAAAAGUUGCUUGCGUAGAAAUACAUAGACAUAGCCUACUCACCCGAGAAGCGUAGCGAAUCGCUUUCCAUAGAUAUAUGCCUUUUAAAGUAAAAUUAGGAUAUAAACUGCCUGAUUAAUAAUUAGCUCGCAAUUGCGGCAAAAUGUUGAGCGGCUCCAU